AUGUGCUUGGUGUUGAUGCUGCCUGCAUGGCUGGUGGCGUCCCCGCAAGCCGGCGGCCUCAUUCCUAAAGAGCUCAUCCUCUUGCUCAUUGCCUACCUCGUGUACAUUGAGAAUGUGUGCUACCGCUGCCUGACCAUCUUCGUCGUCAUCCUGGCCCUGCUCUGCUACUCGGGCGCGUGCCACCUGUGCCCGCCACACGUGCCCUGCGAGCCGCGGCCAGACGCCACCGCUGUUCCCGCCUGUUCCCUCCCCACCUCGUCUUUCCACCUGUACUCCAGCCUCUCCUUUCACUUCUACUGCCCUGCUUCGUAG